AGAAAAGACACAGCGUAGUCUCAUCAGAGCCAUCAAAAGACAUCAAGAAUCGGUUCAGUCCUAAGUUAUAGAGCCGCGAUACUCGUAUCAUCAGAAUGCCUCCCACUGAUGAAGACAUUGCCUGGUUCCAGUCCACCUUCCAUCCCAUUCCGAAACCCGCCUUACCAGACGACUGCAUAGAGUACUCCAUCUACCUAAUAUCCUCUUCCCUCGAUGCGAGCCACGACUCAGAACUGCGCCUUCGUUUGCGCGAUGUACAGAAAUAUGCCACAGAUCUACACAAACAAUAUCUGAAAGAUUACAUAUGGCAGCGACAAGGGUUCUCUCUUGAACUCAACAAAGAGGAUGGCUUGAGUUUCCUACAAGGUCGGACGGAAUAUGGUGAUUCCGUAGAAGACGAAUGGGUCAUAGUCUGGCUGCUGCGUGAGCUCACCCGCAAAUUUAAUGACAUAUGGGUCAAAGUCACCGACAGCGAUGGCGAGUUUCUUCUUAUUGAAGCAUCCGGCACUCUGCCCGCCUGGUUGGAACCAGACGUCGCAGAAAACCGUGUCUGGAUUAACGAUGGUCAACUCAAGAUCAUCAAGCCGGCAAGCGCCUCGAGAUCCUCAAGACGAACAGAAGAAAAGUUGUCCCUACCACAGGCGCGGGAAAUCUUGCUGAGGGAGCCCAAACGAAUGAUGCACUCGACUAGCAUGGAAGAAGAAGCAUUCUUCCGGCUUCGCAACUAUCCGGCCCAAAUCGCAGACAACAUGCACCACGCAAUGGUAACCAUGCCUCGAAAAGUGGCGUUCCUCCUCCAUCAGAAGCCAGCCUAUAUCUCACCAGCGAUUGAAGCAUUCUACCUCCGAGAUCCUAUCGCGCUUAAGCCGCUGCAGAAGAAGGAAAACAGAGACUCAAUGACAUUUGCUCCACAAGAUCUUGUCACCGUCACCGUCAGAUUCCCCCGCGUCGGUUAUGCUCAGGUCAAGUCGCAGGACUUCCCAACGCCGGCCGUGUUCCAAGAUUCAAUGCCAUCGAGGACAGAUUCGAAAGAGUAUGCGCGCGCGGAAGCUGGCAUGAAAGUCACAUGCGGUUUCGAAAUGCUCCUCACCGACACGCACUACCAGGAUCGACCGGCUGUGCGAGAAAUGAAGAUGCUGUUAGACGACUUGAAGACUGGAGACGAGCAAUUACCCUCUGAUGCUGACGUCGAAGCAUGGGAUCAGCGAGAAGACGACGAAAAGUGGCUUGAUAUCGACUUCGAUGACUUACAGAAAGAGCUGGGUGGGGAGAAGGGCAAGAAAGCCGGGUUCGGAGACAAAGCUACGCAUGAGAAUCUCUCACGAAUCGUAAAGCAAUUUGAGCAGUUCCUGAAUGAUGAUACAGGCGGACCGGAUGGCGCGGGGUUGUUCGGAGAUGACAGCGACGAUGAUCUCGACGACGACGAGGAUGAUGAGGACGACGAUGAAGACGAGGACAAGGACGCCAGCUUCGACGAGGAUGAGUUCUCGAAGAUGAUGCAAGAGAUGAUGGGAAUGCCCCCAGACGUUAUGAAGGAGAUCAUGAAGGGUCAACUCGGACCUGGGGCGGAUGCGAAAGAUCCUUCGCUACGGGCUGGGUUGCGACAGCCGCAGCCACCUGAUGGACCGGGACAUGUCGAGGAAGCAGAAGUCUCGGAUGAGAAUGAUGAGGAUAUGCAGGCUUUCAUGAAGCAGAUGGAAGCCGAAUUACGAAACACCGGUGCUUUGGACCUCGAACCGUCGUCUAGUAAGAAACCUGCUCUCAAGGACACGAAGCACGAUACUGAAGAGGACGUGGAGGAGCUGUCUUCGGAUGAUGAUAUUGAUCACGAAAUCGACGUGAACCUUGCGAAGAAUCUGCUCGAAAGUCUGAGGUCGCAGGCUGGAAUGGCUGGGCCUGGAGGUAAUUUGAUGGGCAUGAUGGGGCUUGAGAUGCCUGAAGACAGCGACGACGACGGUCAGCCUGGACCUAGUCGUGCGGCCGGCAGCAAGGGCAAGAAAUCAAAGUCUUGAAAUGUACAGUGGAAGAAAAUAUUAUGAUA